CUGGAUUCCAAUGUCACCUACCAAGUUGAAGACACAUUCACUGGCGCUUGCAUCGUACUUAUAACGUAGUGAACAAGAGCUAAAUCAGGUACUAUGUUAAGAGCUAUAUAUGGUAGUGUCGUAUAUUUAUACAUAAAGAGAAAGCUCCAGGGACACCCAACGUCAAUUUUCGGAAAAUAUCUGUUCGGAAGACGAUUUGAGAUCUAGAAUUUUCGAAACAUUUGUUGUAAAUUUCUUGUUUGUCUGCCACUCCUAGAAUUUUCGAACAUCUAAAAAAAAGUAUAAGAGCCCAUUUUUAACAGAUUCUUAGCCUAAAAAGGUCACCUUAGAAUUUUCGGGAGCCUUUUUUCUAGCUGAAACUUUCGAAAAGGUAAGUUUUGAUCCCUAUAAUUUUCGGAUCACUAGACUUUCAGCUAGGAAAUCCGAACAGAUGAAAAAUUUUUAGGGGAAAAAAAUAUGCCUAUAUCUGCCGUUUAAAUACUAAAAUACGGUUAACAAUGCUAUGUCGAAGUGGUUUUGAACCAAAUUCUCGUUGGGUGCCCCUGAAGCUCUUGUAAUAGUGACCUCGCUCUCCCAUUUAUGAAAUUAGCGAUUUACUUAGUAUGUAUUAAGCUUGUUUACAUGGCUCCCUUUGAUAGAAAGAAGAAGAACAUAACGGAAAUAUAAACGAAAAGGACAAAAUUAUCGCUAAUCCCGACAACGUUCAUGCAUGUUAAGACUACUUGAAAUAAGAUCACUUGUCCAUAAGUAGUCGCACUCAGUAAACAAAAGACUAACAGAUCCAGGAUCAUGUAUCUAAGACGAUGUCGAUCGAUACGUCAGCCCGGGGGGGGGGGUACUCCCUAAUAUGGGCUAUAUAGGUAUGUGCGGCCCCAAAGGGUAGGGUUUUUCAGCCGUUUUGGUCAUAAAUUGGGUAUCGAUUUUGGCUAUUUUGCCGCCAUUUUGGUCAUAAAUAGGGUAACGAUUUCUGCACUGUAGUCUUGAAUGCACUUUUUUAGAAGAAGCUACUUACUUAUCAUGUCCCCCUCCUUCCAUCCGCGCUUUGCCUUCCUCCCCACCGGCUGCUUUGUAGGCUAGAAAAUACAAGCAACAAAAGCCCUUCACAAAAUAGGGUAUCAAAUUUUUGGUUAGGUGAUAAAUAGGGUAGGGAAAAUCGCAGAUUUUGGUCAUAAAUAGGGUAAGGGUUUUGGGAAGCGGGCCGCACACCCCUACCCAAUUUUUCUGCGAGUACCCCCCCCGGAUACGUCGGUUACUAUAUUGCGUGCCUUCCCCGACAGCCGAUUAUUUCUAUCCCUUUUAGGCUAUCUUCCAAUAACGUUUAGCAUAGUUAUCCCACGUUUCGCGUGUUACUUUCUACUUAAAGAUUGCCUUGGUAACAAGGUUACAAAGUAAAAGCGCAUGAUUUGUAUUGCCGUGUAUACCACUUGAAGAUUUUGUAGCUCAACUUCCGCUCUGACCUCUUGCCUGCGUUGUAAACAGCAUACUGCCAGCUGAAACUGGAAACUAAGUGUGCCCACAUUUGGCUAAAUAUAGCCCUGGUUUAAUCACAAACAAGGAAAAUGAAAAAAUAUGUAUAAUAAUUUUUACGUCUUUUUCAUUUUUCGGCAUUAUCAACAUUGAACUAUCAUGUUCCGUAUUUGAUAUAUUUCACUUUAUGCACUGCUCUGAAAAUUUAAGUGGCACUUUUUAGUACAAGUAGUCAGCUCAACGCUAGCGUGCGCUCUUUAUUUCCCUAGAAAGAAAGGAUCAAUCAUCUUGACAAUUUCUCGCAAUUUGUAAUGGACAUUUGCAUAUCGAACUGAUGAGGAAAUUUCAUAGAAAAAAAAAGACAAAAAACAAAAACAAAAGUCGAAAUUGGCAAAUACAACUCCUGCCGCGUCGUAGAGUGUACCAACGAUUCUCAUUCAAAUUUUGCCCCGACCUUCAGAUCAUCGAAAAAUCAAAUUGUCUUUUUGUCUCCGCGAAACGGGCGGAAUCGAAUGAGGGAAUAAAAGGUGCUUUCUUGUGCUCUGGUUUUGAUAUUGCACCUGGAACGUGUCUACCUGAACCUAAAAAUGUUAUUGGCAGUCAUCAUAUGAGUGAGAAGACAAAACACAAAUCUGCGGUAAGUUUCCUCUCUAACAACAGCAAAUUUUGUUUUUUUGCCAGAUCACAUAGUGUAUUUGUGUGCAAAAUAUUCAAGAAACCUUUUUAACCUUUAAGAACUUCACUGAAGUAGAAAAAGUUUAAGAAAAAUGUUACAAAACAUUUAUUAAACGAUUGUUGUCUAAAGCAUCGACACCUGAUCAAGACGAGUAUAUAUACCCGAUCGAUAUUUAGUACGUUUUAUGUAUAGAUAUGUUGCAUAUAUAGUUUUUAGUAUGAAUUCUCUUGCCAAAUUUUUUUAAAUCUCCUUUACAUAGUAGACGGAUUCUAGUUAGAAAACCGAAGCACUGACACUCAAAUUAAUUCGAUAUCUCAGUGUGAAGGAAAAGUAGGAGGUUAUCACUAUGGUAAUACGUUAACCAAUUUAAUAAAGCGCUGUGUUUAAGUAAAAUUUUCAAAGAAAACAGAAAAAGCAAACCGCUACCAGGAUGUUUGUUGCCGACUGUCAACUUUUAAUUUAGUGAAAACUGCUUUUACUUCUGAGAGCCGGCCUCCUCAAAAUGUAUUGAUAUAAAAUAAGAAACCACUCCACCUCGUGAAAUCAGUUAGUCACCUUAAGAUCCGAGGACGGCGACGGCGGCGAAAUACCGACGUCGUUUAAAAGUGCAUUUACAUUCUUUUAAUCUUCUUCACGAUUAUUUCAACUCACUUAAUUUGUCAAAUUCGGACGAACUCUCGACCUAGAGUUCAAUUCCUGAUAUCCGAGUUCAGAAAAAAAUUAAACAUUUCGUCGUCUUUGCCGUCGCCGUCGUCGGAUGUUAAAUUUGGACGAACUCUCGACCUAAAGUUCAAUUCCUGAUAUCCGAGUUCAGAAAAAAAUUAAACAUUUCGUCGUCUUUGGCGUCGCCGUCGUCGGAUGUUAAAUUUGGACGAACUCUCGACCUAAAGUUCAAUUCCUGAUAUCCGAGUUCAGAAAAAAUUGAAUAUUUCGUCGUCUUUGCCGUCGCCGUUGUCGGAUGUUAAGGUCCCUCUGCUCAAGCUCACCAAUAAUUCGUUAAAAAGAAGAAACAAAAGGAAACUGCCACGGUGGAAGAGGUCUGGAUAUCGCAUACUAGAUGCCUUAAUUUUUUUGCUAGUUUCUCUGUUUGACUGGCUAAAUCAGUCAAGAGACAGAGUGUUUUAUCCGAUAUCCAAACACUUCGAAGAAUCAGUGCAAAAUGCUCCGCUACUUGCAGCCCACUUUUUUGCGGCGUGCUGAAUAUCUGGUUAAAAAAUGGGAAAAAAUGUUACAUUAACCCCCCACCCCCCUCCCCCCAAAAAAUAAACAAGUAAAUAAAACUGACGUUUCGAGCGUUAGCACAUUGAUCCAUCUGCUCAAAGUAUCCGGCGUUGGAGAAUUGAACGCAACUCAGUUGAUUAAACUAAACUGUAGUAAAACUGGAAAAGAGUAAUUUAUUUUCAACUCCUAGGAUAAAACAGGCAUUUGCCAGUGAUUUAAUAUUUACGAUAAUUGUUUUUUUCUUUUUAUUCUUUUUUUCAGUUUUUAUUUGUUUUAUUAUUUUUUUAAUAUUAAAUUAUAAUUUAACUUGGUGAGAACUGGAAUGCGAAACCUUCUUGGGAAGCAGAUGCAAUUGAAUACAGUCAAGAUGAAUUGAAGAAUUGAAUUACGAGAGCACAUAAUACCAAUUCAAAUUUAAAGAAUAAAGCCAUAAAAUAUGCGCAUAAACGCCUACGAGGCGGCUUCGUUAUAACACACACUCGUGGAACGUGUAAAAUUAAGGAGGAAUUACUUGAUUGUAGGCGGGAGCUCCGCUUGUAGGCAGGUACAUUUUACCCGUAAUGGCGGAAUACCAUUGUAGAGUAGAAGUAAAUAACGUUGAUGAGUAACACAUCAGAUAAGAAGGAGAUGGAGAACUUUUUUUAGGAUAAAUUUGGCAUUGUUGUUUAGAUUAAAAAAGAAAUAGCAUUGUCCUUUGCUUUCCAAGAUCAAGCUUAAAUCAAAAUCAAAUAUGAUGCAAAUUGCGUUCUUUAGUUUGCGUUUCAUAGGAUUAGCUGACAAAAUGAUCUGACAAAAGACUAGUUUUGUUAACAAACUGUUUCUUACUGAUUAUAAUCUCUACAAAUGUUAAUGCUUCUCUAUUCACUCCUCUUUCCUUUUUUUCUUUUGUGUGUGUGUGUGUGCCUAAUGAAAACAUAAUAUUUAGAUUUCACAGAAGAGCGCCUUUCAGCUGCGCUAAUGAUAUCUUCUUUUAAUCUUUGUAAAAAAUAAAACAAGUAAACUAAAGACAUUUUGCGUUGUACUAUGUCUUUGCCGAGAGAUGCAUACAUAGCCUAAAAAGGAACAAUCGUGUCUCAUCAGUUUCAUUAGUAGAUCAUUCUAAAAUUUUUGACAAAUUGCCUAUGGGCGAAAGCUUCAGGCAGCUGAGUGAAUAUUUACUCACCAUCGUCAACUGACAACUAAAAGAUAUAAUUCAUAUUUACUUCCAAAGAAAGACGAUGCCCUUGAUCUAUAAACACAGUACAUCCCGAUUGUAGAAUAGCCCGGAAAUACAUAUUUGAGAUCGUCUUUGUGUCAAAGAGAAAGGAAAUAUAAGAAAAUAGGUAGAAACGUCGAGCUCAAAAGGGUCCUACAAACGCUUGCCGACAAAAGAAGCGAUUUGAAAAGAAACUUCACCAAGUGUAAGAUAUAUUGCACGAAACAGCGUAACAAUACCUAUUUCGCUGUGUAAUUAGAUAGAUAAUGCUGUCUGCUUGAACCAUUAAGGUAAUACUCCUGGUGUUCAGAGUUGAUAUGUAUAGCCACUCUUGCGGUUUGAGGGUAUUAUGAAUUAUUUUUAAUUAGUAGUAGUUAUAUGCUACUUUCGAGCUAGUAGCCGAGAUUAGUAGUUUUUCGUGUAAUUAUAAAAUUGGAGGAAAUCUCCCCAGAGCGCUUGCUUCAUUGCUGUAUACCCGAUUUUUCCCUUUUUCGUAUAUUUUCCUUUUUUUCCCGCUUUUCGAGAUUCUGCGCACAGAAAACCGCGUAAGGGAAGACAGUAGAAAAGGAUUCGAGCUUGAACUAAUUUAUAUACUUCGAUCCGAAGACUAAACCGACGAAACAUAGCCUUUAGGCACCUAACUCUCAUAAGUUCUAAAUUACGGAGUAAAGGUUUUUUUCUUUAAAAUCAGCGAUUUAUAUAGAGGUUUUGUUAAAACUAGGCUAAAGAAUAUUUGUCAAGUUCAGUAUCGAUAAUCUCCAAUUUAUAUAGCUGACAUUUCAAUAUUUAGGGCUGAAAUUAUGAAGUCACAUAAAUCAAAGCUUUCCGACACUUGUAAACUAACCCAUAUCAUCUUAACCACCAAAGGCAACCUCUGUGUCAUGAGCUAUGAACUUCACUUUAAAAGCCUGACAGACUAUUGCAGUUCAAACGAAAUCUAUAAUACCUUUAACUUCACGUUACUGUUUGCUUUGGUUCUAAGGGCAGUACAUAACGCGAAAGAAAAGUGAGGAUAAUUCUUUUUUCUUGGUGUCGUUUAAAUAUUGAGGAAGGUGCUCGACCAUCUCAGUGUAGAGAAAUUAUGAAAGUGAGCCAUGGAGAACAAACAACAAACAAGCUGUAUCAAAUACAGAUCAAGAUGGGAUAUUCAAGAUAAUACGUACUUUAAUUGUCGGUUUGAUUUUGGACAACUUCUAAGCGCGACGUUGCGAAGCGCUCGCGUUGUCAUGCAAAUCAUAAAAAACAACUGCGAAAAGCGCCAAAGGCCAGCUGAUUCAACAAACUUUUUCGCGUUCCCUACAUCGCAUACACUUCUUUGUAUUUUAAAAAUCGAAUAACCACUUAAUUGAACUUAAUUGUUACUUCUCUUUUCCUCUUCCAGAUAUAGAACGCGACGAACGGCCACUAAAGCCAAAGAGAAAUAACUUUGCUGAAGGGACUUAAACACGCGUACAUUUUUAUUUAACAACCAAUGAGUAUAUGUCAUAAAUAGGAAACAGAGCUCAAACUGUUUGUGCAGAUUGCCGACAACCAAGUUACCGGGCAGCAACAUAUCAAGACUUAGUAGACCCCAAGCGAAGGAGAUAUGACCAUCCUAAACAACGACUCCCAUACUGGGAACGGAAGUUUUUUUCCCUCUGCAAUACCCACCGAUACCAUUCCUGCGAUAGUUCUAGCGUUAUUCAUUCUAUUCAUCAACGCGUUUGUAGUUCUGCUAAUCGGGUCUUCCUCCAGCUUGAGAUCAACAAGCAACAUUAUUCUCGCCAGUUUGGCGUUAUCCGAUUUUCUGAUGGGAUUGGUCGGAAUUCCUCUCGUCGUCGCCUGCAGCAGUACGUUUGCGUCACCCGUUUGCCUGAGUGCCAAUUUAUUUUCAACAUUUAACUCUGUGUCGUCAGUACUACACAUCUUGGUUAUGACUUUCGACCGCUACAUAUUUAUAAUGUGGGCCUUGCGUUACCGUGAAAUCUUCAACCGUAGGCGGGUUGUCGCCAUUCUUAGUGCUGCCUGGUUAAUCAGCUUAACGCCUUUAGUUCGCCUUUCAUGGACUGCGGGGAAGCUUCGGGUCGAAACGGCGAAAGAGGACGUUAAACUACGCAUGAAAGAAAAGGAAUUAAUAUUCUUCACUUUUAAUGCUGCGGUCUUUUUUUUCGUUCCCCUCAUUGCAAUGAUCGUUCUUGAUACGCGCAUGCUGCUGCUGCUACGAAAUCAGUGUCAAAGAAUCGCCCGGGAAAACUUGCCGGCCGAGAGCAUCAAACACGAAACCAAGAUGCAGAAAAGGCAAACGAAGGCUGUAAUUACAUGCGUACUGCUCCUCUCGCUGUACGUAGCUUUCUGGUUGCCUUCUUUUAUCGUGGAAUUUUUACAACAUUAUGCCACAAAUGAUGAAUAUGGGCAGUCGCACGGAGUUAUAAUCUUAAUUACUUACCUCAGGUUUUGUCCAGCGUUGUUCAAUCCGAUAGCAUAUACUCUUAGAAAGCCUGAUUUAAAAAGAGCCGCUAGAAAGGUCGUUUACAAGACUUUCCCUAACUGGAAGACCCAAUUCGUAGAGAAUCGGACAGAACAAAUUCCUCUAGCUAGUCGAAGUGAUGUCUGA